GAGAUUGCGCCACUGCACUCCAGCCUGGGUGACAGAGUAAGGCCCUGUCUCAAAAAAUUAAAUGAAAAAGUUGCCCUUCUACAGUCUGAGUGUGCUGAUAUCUAGGGGAAUGCUCACAACUGGGCCACCCCUCUGCUGUGGAGUGACAACACACAUCAAAGUAUCUCAGCGGAUGUUUCUCAAUGGGUACAGUAUUAUGGGAUUAGUUCUAGGCAGUCACGCUUGGAUAUCUCAUGGGUGGUGGAGUCUGUAGCAAGGCUGGUAAUUUUGACUUGGAAUCGCUUGGAUUUCUCUAAGAGAAUACCCCUGAUUGGACCUGCUACUGUGGCAGCAAAGAAGACUUUAACAUUACAUUGUUUGUAGCUUGAACUCAGUCUUGUGGAGUCCUGAUUAGGGAAGAGGAGUCAGGCUGGGGGGACUAGGGGAAAGCAAAGAGAUAAAGCAGAUAAGCUAUAGGUCUACCUUGCUUCAUGGCCCAGGACAUACAAACAAAAAGAAGAAGCAGACAAGCUAUAGGUCUGCCUUUCUUUAUGGCCCAGGACAUGUGGCCCUCCUGCACAGGUAACAUACAUAACUCACAAUCUUCCUGCUUAUUAUCGAAUGCUUCAACUUACCCAACAUCUCGGCUGACAGAAAAAUGCAAGUUAGUCCCCUGCUACUGGCGUCAGCCCUGCACGUAGCACUCUUCAGCCCAAGUUGCAUUUUAUAAAAUCCCCAGCAAGCCUUUGUCUCCUGGCUGUCAGUGCCUCUCUUGCUGACCUGCCCGUUGCUCCCUUGCAAUGUAUUUUCUUACUUUCUCUAAUAAAUCUGUUUUUCUUGACCAAAACUGCCACAGUAAAGUCUUCUCUGCCACCAGCCACAGACAGUCACCACAAGCCAUGACAAGUCUGCGAUUUCCUGGUCUUUUUUUCAUUUUGAUGAUAUUUCCCCAAUGUUUGGGAGACAGAAGAAUGCCAACAAUCUAUAGGUCUCAGUAAAGUGGAUGGGGACAACAUAUCUGAGAGAGAGAAGGAACAAAAUCUACUGGAGCUCCUUAAAAUUCUUAAGAAUUCCUUUCUCACCUUGGAGUAGGGAAGACUUUCUGACUGAGCCUCAAAAUUUAGAAGCUAAGAAAGAAAAUACCUUUACAUCUGAAAACAUGAAACAAAAACUUCUGGCUGUUUUUUUGGGGAGUGGGGUUGGUUUUUUUAAACAGCACAAGCCACUCAAAGGGCAAGUGACAAACUGGGGAGAGAAGAAAAAGAUGUGACUCAUAUCACAGUUUCCCUUCUACUUAAAGAAAGCCCCUGCAAACCAGUAAGAAAAUAGCAACGGCUCAGUGGAAAAAAUUGCCAAAGGCACAAUUAACAGAAAGGAAAUACAAAUCGCAUUUAAACCUAUGAAAAGAUGAAGAUGUUCAAUCACACUUAGAGUAAGAGAAAUACACAUUAAUAUUAAUAUGAAAGACAAGUUUUCAUUUAUGAAUUUGAGAAAAAUCCAAGAGUUGAUGAUAUACCUCUAAGAAUAGAUAGUAGGGAAACCAAAAUUCUUGCGCAUUACAGGUGGUUAUGUAAAUGGUACAGCCCCAAGGGUGGCUGGCAUGACAGUUUCUGUUCAAAUUGCACAUGCAUAGUCCCAUUGCCAGGUCUCUAAUGUCUGCUUCUUCAGACCCAGCCCGCCCCCCACCCCCCGCACUUGGCCCGGGAUCCUGUCUGGUAAGGAUACAAUUCCAGGCCCCUUGCCCUAUGACUUCUGGUUGUGUUCAGCCGAUGAGGAGCCCCACAUGAGAGAAGGGAGGGACACAGAGAGGGAUAUUGAUCCCUCAGCCUCCUUCCUGCACUGUCCUCUUGGUCUGGCUGUAUCCAGUGGUCUCAUGUCAUAGCUGCUCAUGUGGGAGUUUCUUCUUGAAAAUUGCAGUGUUGGCUUCUUCUCUUCUCCUUCAGGGCCAGAGUGGCCACAGCCCUCAAUGUUGUGAGAUGCAGGUUCGAUACUCUCCCUUCUGGUUUGCCUGCAGCCCGCUCACACAUUUGUAAAUACAGUCCUGCACCCCCUAAUGAUGUCUUGGGCAAAGAUGGACCGUUACAUGACAGUGGCCUGAAAUUCUUAACCAUUUUCUCUUUUAAUGUAUCUAGUAAUCAGGCAUGUGGUUCCAAGUGAAGUUUGAGUCACCAGGAGGCAAGGAAGGAAGCCAUCUCCUGUGUAAUAAGAUCACACCGUAUUUCUACUGUACCUUUUCUGUGUCUAGAUAUGUUCAGAUACACAAAUGCCACUGUGUUGCAGUUGUCUACAGUAUUCAGCACAGUACUGUGCUGCACAGAUUUGUAGCCUAGAUGUGUGGUUGGCUAUGCUAUCCAGGUUUGUCUAAGUAUACUCUAUGAUGUUUACACAGCAAUGAAAUAACCUAACAAUGAAUUUCUCAGAAUAUAGCACUGUUCACAGUUGCAAAGAUAUGGAAUCAACCUAAGUGUCCAUCAACAAAUGAUUGGAUAAAGAAAAUGUGGCUAGGUGCAGUGCUCACAUCUGUAAUCCCAGCACUUUGAGAGGCCAAGAUGUAAAAGUCAAAAGAAGAGCCUAAAAAUAGCAAAGAUGCUUUUGAGCUGGAAUGCCUCCGCCAUCAGAUCACUUAUUUUGUUUCUCAUGGUGUGUAUCAGCCUCGCCUUUCGUAUUUCACGUGAUUUGCCUGAUUAUGCAAAUGAAUCUUGCACUGUAAAGAUAUCAUUGCGAAAUUUCCGGUCCAUCUUAUCAUGGGAGUUAAAAAACCACUCCAUCGUACCAACUCACUAUACGUUAGUGUACACAAUCAUGAGUAAACCAGAAGAUAUGAAGACGGUUAAGAACUGUGCAAAUACCACGAGAUCAUUUUGUGACCUCACAGAUGAGUGGAAAAGCACACACGAGCUCUACCUCAUCAACCUAGAAGGAUUCAGCGGGAACACAACCUUGCUCAUUUGCACACACAUUUUCUGGCUGGCCAUGGACAUGUCUUUUGAACCACCAGAGUUUGAGAUUGUUGAUUUUACCAGCCACAUUAAUGUGACAGUGAAAUUUCCAUCUGUUGUUGAGGAAGAAUUACAGUUUGAUUUAUCACUCGUCAUUGAAGAACAGUCAGAGGGGAUUGUUAAGAAGCAUAAACCCGAAAUAAAAAGAAACAUGACUGGAAAUUUCACCUAUGUCAUUGACAAGUUAAUUCCAAACACAAACUACUGUGUAUCUGUUUAUUUUGAGUCUAAAGAUCAGGAGGCAGUAAUAAAGUCUCCCUUAAAAUGCACCCUCCGUCAGCCUUGCCAGGAAUCAGAUUCAGAAUCAGCAGAAUCUGCCAAAGUAGGAGGAAUAAUUACUCUGUUUUUGAUAGUAUUGGUCUUGAUAAGCACCUUAGUGACACUGAAACGGAUUGGUUAUAUAUGCUUGAAAAACAGCCUCCCCAAAGCCUUGAAUUUUCGUAACUUUUUCACCUGGCCAUUUCCUGAGCUGCCGCCGUUGGAAGCCAUGGAUAUGGUGGAGGUCAUUUACAUCAACAGAAAGAAGAAAGUGUGGGAUUAUAAUUAUGAUGAUGAAAGCGACAGUGAGACCGAGGCAGCCCCCAGGACAAGCGGCGGUGGCUAUACCAUGCACGGACUGACCCUCAGGGCUCUAGGUCAGGCCUCUGCCACCUCCGCAGAAUCCCAGUUUGUAGACCCAGACUCUGAGGAGGAGCCUAAGCUGCCUGAGGUUGAUGCAGAGCCCCCCACGAUGCCAACGUGCAGCCCCCAGCAGUUGGAACACUUGAGUGGGCUCUGUGAGAGGAGAGAGAGUCCACUCCAGGACCCCUUUCCCGAAGAGGACUACAGCUCCACAAAGGGGUCUGGGGGCAGAAUUACCUUCAAUGUGGAUUUAAACUCUGUGUUUUUGAGGGUUCUUGAUGACGAGGACAGUGAUGACUUGGAAGAAGCCCCUCUGAUGAUAUCAUCUCAUCCGGAAGAGAUGGUUGACCCAGAGGAUCCUGACAAUAUGGAAUCAAGCCAUGUGCUGGCCAGUGGGGAAGGGACACAGCCAGCCUUUCCCAGUCCCUCUUCAGAGGGCCUGUGCCCUGAAGAUGCUUCCUCUGAUCAAAGUGACACUUCUGAGUCAGAUGCUGACCUCGGGGAUGGUUAUAUAAUGAGAUGACUCCAAAACUAUGUAAUGAACUUGAACAGACUAGCACCUAGAGGGUUCUCUCUCCUUGUCCCCUCACUCGCUGCUUUAUGGUCUGCGAGUGUUCUCCAAGAGAAGGAGUAGGAAACUGUAGAGUGCCCCAUUCUUCCAGGUGACAUCACCUAUGCAGCUUCCCAGUAUGGGGAGCAUAGUACAAUUCAGUGUGUUGUUUACAUAUUCAAGGUGAUGCACUUUGAAGGAAACAUGUGUGCUCCUCCCUUUGCACUAAUGUACUUAGGAUGUCUCUACAUCAUGUUUCCCAGGAAGCAGGGUUCCCAGUGGUUUCAGAGGUGGUCCAGGGCCCUGCUACUUCUUUUUUUUUUUAUUUUUUGAGACACACUAUCCUUCUGUCACCCAAGCUGGAAUGUAAUGGCAUGAUCUCAGGUCACUGCAACCUCUGCCUCCUGGGUUCAAGCAAUUCUCCUGCCUCAGCCUCCCUCAUAAGUAGCUGGGAUUACAGGCACCUGCCACCAUGCCCAGCAAAUUUUUGUAUUUAUAGUAGAGACGGGAGUUCACCAUGUUGGCCAGGCUGAUCUUGAACUCCUGACUUCAGGUGAUCUGCCUGCCUCCACCUCCCAAAGUGCUGGGAUUACUGGUGUCAACCACUGUGCUUGGCCACCCCUAUGAUUUUUCUGGGAAAUAAAUUGGGCCAGGGUGGGAGCAGGGAAAGAAAAGGAAAAUACUUAGCAAGAGCUUCAAAGAUGGCAGGAAAGAAGGAGGAGGGACCAGUAAGCACCUGGAGAGAAGGAGGGCCCUGCACAAGGAAACAGGGAAGAGCCAUCCAAGCUUCAGUCAGUGAGCCUUGGGUGCCUCAUCCAUGUCACAUUCUGUCUCCUUCACUCAGAGUUCCACCUUGUCCAGCCCUCCCCAAUUAAAGUGGGAAAGAUAGACUCUAGGAUUAAACAAGUGAUGACGACAGAGGGGAAACAUGGCCUCGGGGAGAGGGAUAAAAAUCUGAGUGCCAUAUUUUAAG